AAUAACCUCUAAUUGUUUAUCAAAUUCAUUCAAAAAUACUGUGAACGUGAAAAUAUCCAAACAAUAGUGUAAAAAGUUGAUUUUUUAAUAUGCUAUUCUUUUAUUUAUUAAGUAUAUUAUCCAUAGUGGUACAAGCUGCUUUCGUAACUUUAUCUAUAGCGGCAGGCCUGUACUACUUGGCUGAGGUGGUUGAGGAGUACACCGUCACAGCCAAAUAUGUCAUCACGUGGUUGGUCUUUAUAACAGCAGCCAUCCACGUAGGGCUGGCGCUGCUGGAGGAGCUGCCGCUGCACCUGCACGCGCUGGGGCUGCUGCAGCAGUUCCUGCACCUGCUGCUGCUGCGCCAGUUCCCCGUGGUGCGGCCCGCCAGCGCCGUGUUCUGCGCCGCCGUCGCCAACCUCGCGCUGCACCACUACACAGCGCUGCGGCACUUCUCCGGCGUCUACUACAACUUCUCUGAGGUGCUGUCGUACUUCACGCUGUGUCUAUGGGUGGUGCCGUUCGCGCUGUUCGUGUCGCUGUCUGCGAACGACUACGUGCUGCCCACUACCGACGAGAGGCAGCAUCUACUGGACGACGGUAACGUGGUCAGCGACUAUCUCUCUCGGAAGGCGAAGAAGUAUAGCCUCCUCUCUUUCUUCAGUUACGCCAAAGAGUCGAUACUACCGCAGAGGAGCAAGAAGGCUUUCUAAGUGUGUAUACUGCAUAGUAUGAACUAACAAUACAUUCAGUGCUAAGUACCUACUUUUUGUAUACUUACAGAAAGAAAGAACUAGAGGAGUUUUACUUACUUUGUUUAUUUUUUUAAUCUGAAAGUAUACCAGCCUAUGCUUUUACCAUAGGUAACAAUGGUGGAAAAUAAAACUAUGGUGUUUGGAGCGUGAUGAUUUUGGGAGGUAGCAGGUUUUAAGGAUUAAUAGCAAAGAUUUUAUACUAUUGGAUAUGUCACAAAUGCGUUGAAACUGAGGCUCACAAAUGUGGCUAAUUGCCUCAAUUUCACUUAUUUUUUUUUAUCCUUUACAAGUUAGCCCUUGACUAUGACUAAGUACUUGAAUCUCUCCAGAUGGUGGUGAUGCAAUCUAAGAUGGAAGCUGACUAACUUGUUAGGAUGAAAAUCCACACCCCUUUCGAUUUCUACACGACAUCGUACCGGAACGCUAAAUUGCUUGGCGUAUUUAGUCGCAUAGUAAACAACGAAAGUUAUUUAAACAUGUAAUACCAGAUAUUGUCUACAAUGUCAAGUUGUGUGUUCAGGAACUGUAAAAACUAUACAAGGUGUCCUGUAAUUAAUAGAUAAAACGGAAAUCGUAAAUACGCCACCUGAUUAUCUAAAAUUAAUUUGAAUUGUUUAACAUAAAUCCCUAGGGUGACCAAUGUAACGGACGAAACAAAACACAGAAAUAUUCGGUGAAAAUGAGCUCUUCGGGACGUAUAUCGUUACAAGGGAUGUAGACAGUUGGGUAAUUCUUAACGAACUGGGUUUAUUCAAAAAUCUGUCAAAACUGACAGUUUCCCUUGAGCGUUAUACGUUCCGUUAUAUGCUCGGCCAGUUUAUUUUACUAAAACAUUUACAAAUAAAAUGUACAAUUGCGUCGCUUACAACCAAGUUAUAUUUCAUUAGCGGAUUUUUUCAAAAUUUUCUAUCUUAAAGCAGUUUUUUCAAUGCUGUAGCUGCUAUAAUUAAAAUUUUAAAGAUCUGUUUUUUGUUAAACAUUACAUUACGGAUUAAAUUACCAAUGUAUUAGCUCCAUACAUUUUUUUAUAGGAUAUUUUUUUAAAUUGACUCAUCUUAAUUAAAGUAAAAUAAUUAUUGCAUUCAAAGCUUCUUGUAAAAAACAAAUAAAACAUUAUUUACAAAAGUAGUAUUUUUAUAUUAUUAUAUAAAGUAGUUAGUAUCGGUGAAGGAAAACAUCGUGAGGAAACCUGCAUACCAGAGAAUUAUCUUAAUUCUCUGCGUGUGUGAAGUCUGCCAAUCCGCAUUGGGCCAGCGUGGUGGACUAUUGGCCUAACCAAACUCAUUCUGAGAGGAGACUCGAGCUCAGCAGUGAGCCGAAUAUGGGUUGAUGACGACGAUAUAAAGUAGUACAUUGGUCAUUUAAUUCUUAAUAUUCAUCAAAAAUCAAAUCUUUAAAAUCUUAAUUGUAUUAGCUAAAGUAUUGAAAAAAAUUGAUUUAAGAUAAAAAAAUUGACAAAUGAUCCUAGGGAUUUUUGGAAAACUAUUCAAAAAUUUUUUUAAAAAUCGUUUUAGAUAAUUAGGUGGUGUAUCUAACAUUUGCGUUUUAUCCAUUAAUUACGGGACACCUUGUAUAAUGGAAUUAAACACAAAAUUAUGCAUGUGUGCGCUCAGUGGUGUAGCUAAUAAAUUCGGAUCACUUUUUGCGGUGAUUUUGUAGGCACGUAACAUGUCUACAGUAUACAAUGUCGUUGGGUAUAUCUAUAUUUUUUUUUAAAAACAACUGAUUUAAAUAGGAUUUUGGAUACAUAUUUUUGAGUGAGGUAAAUGUAUGACUAUGAUUUGAUUGAUUUCGUUUUUCCUUGUAAAAUUAUUUGGAUUUUUAUUUAAAUACACAAUUCUUUUUGAGUUGCGGAUAUAUACAUAUAUAUAAAAUUAUAAUUAUAUGUAUAAAACUAUAAUUAUAUGUAUAAAAUUAUAAUUAUAUGUAUAAAACUAUAAUUAUAUGUAUAAAAUUAUAAUUAUGUGUAUAAAACUAUAAUUAUAUGUAUAAAAUUAUAAUUAUAUGUAUAAAACUAUAAUUACUAUACAUUCAAAUCAUUGAUAUGCCCAUAAGUGAUUUUGGAUACAUAUUUUUUGAGUGAGGUAUGACUAUGAUUGGAUUGAUUGCGUUUUUCCUUGUAAAAUUAUUUGGAUUUUUGUUUAAGUACACAAUUUUUUUUGAGGUUGUAGGGGGUAAUAUCUGAAUGUACUGAACCGAUUUUGAAAAUUCUUUUAAUAUUAUAAAGUCACGUUAUUUGUGAAUGACUUAAAAUGUUUGGUUUUAUAUAUUUAUUUAUACGUUCAAUGGUUUUGUUAUAGCGGUAGGGUUGUUGGAGACUCAUUAAUUUAUUUGAUUAGAUUAUAAGUGUAUAGAAUAAAGUGUAAAUAAAGACAUAGACAAUUUUAA